GUGAGUGCGUGUAUUUGUUUAGAGAUACAACUUAUAAGUGAAAAAAUAGUGUGUAUCAUUUCAGCAGAAACAUUUCAUCAGUAUUUAGUCUCCCAAAACGCCAAGGGCUUCAACUGUUGACUGCGCAGGCACGGAAAUCGUCAGAGACUGGAGGCAUCCCGAGGUCGGCUUCUUUGUUUUCCUUUUUUGGUCCGCGCGGUCCAGUCCGCAUAAAUUACAGUGAUAUCAAAUAUCAGGGCUGGGGUCUUAUCAGAACGUGGAAUGUGAAGUUUAAAAGAUACUCUGCUACUUUUACUUCUUUGUAACAGUGUAUAACAGGAAUAAAACAAUAAUAAAAAGGUAUUCGUUAAGAAGGACCUAAUUUUACUCAGAGGCUUGACUGCAGACACUGCUAUGUGGUGAGCCAAUGUUUAUCAGAAAACUGAGUGGCGGAUCAUACUGCAAUGUUCCUUAGAAUUGGAGCUUGAAGAAUAUUAUUGAACACAUACUAAAAAAAAUAUUAAAAUGACACAGCACAAGGUUUAUAUGAAUCAAAUCCACUGCAGUUCCCUGCUGUGUGAGCUGGCCCAGAUGUGGAGGAACCAAGCCCUCUGUGAUGCCAUUAUUAAAGCAGGAUCCAUCACAGCUAAGGCCCAUCGCUUGGUUCUUGUGGCAGCCUGUCCUAUGCUUAAGUCCAUGGAGAGUGCUUCAGUUGGAUCUCACCUGGAAAUUAGACUUGCAUCUGACAUAAAAGAGGAAUCCAUCAACACAUUUCUUCAGUAUUUAUAUGAGGGAUGUAUGGUUUUAACUGAAGAUAACUAUAAAGACAUUGAAAAAAUUGGACGAAUUCUUCAAGUGGACAGUGUCAUUAAAUGCUGCUCAGAUUUUUACAAAUGUCUCAAUUCGUCCUCCCAGUACAAAUAUGACUAUUAUGACCAUGUUGAAUUCAAGCAUGUUAGACAGACUGAUAUGUUGAAAUUUAGUGAGAAAUCCAACAAAAGAUCAAUGGACUCCAAAAACACAAGCCAGGGAGGGAAAAGGCAGAAAGUACUCAACUCAGACUCCCCCUCAUUUGGUGCUAACCCCAAAACUGAUGAUCUGCCUGGUCCUCCAAAUUUUAACAGUCCUAAAGAUCACAACCGUCCAUUUAAAAUUGGUCCAGCUAGCAUGUCCAGAAGGCCUAAUGGUGGUGUGGAUGUGGUGGAAGAUGGAGUGCAAAUCCACCAUGUGGAUAAGGAUACCUCUCCUGGGUCAUCACAUGUGGUGGACACAUCAUCAGCUAUGUCAGUCUCAGUAGCCAGUCAGAUACAGCCGGAUAUAAAUGUUCAAGUGGUAAAUAUUGGCAACACACAUCAUACCUCAUCUCCAUCUGUGAUCUCAAGGAUACCCAACAAACCUCCUCUCUCAGGGCCAUUUCCCACUGAAACAGUUGACAACAGGUCAGACUCUCCCAUUUUCGUAGCAGGAGUGGGAGUCAGGGGUUAUGGAGCCACCAUGGUACCACCAUCAAAAUCCUUUGCCAUGGGCAGCCCAACCAUGGUGCCUGUUGGUCCUGCACAGUUUCCAACGUUUGUGAAAGACACCAUAUCAACCUCUAAUACUGAGGAGGAAGUAGGUAUGAAGAGUCGAUCAGAAUCUCAGUCAAGUCUUACUACUAGUCCAGACCUCUCCAUCGUGAAGAAAGAGCCAGGAAUCAGCACACCAUUUGUGGAGGUCCAGGAGCAGGGGAUGAUGAUGAUCCGUCGAACAGACACGGACAGCGAACAGCAGGAGGAAGUGUCCAGUGACCUGGAGAUAGAGGAACCUCCCCCUGAUGACAGUUUUACGGGUGACCCUGGGAGUGAGGCCUCAUGGAUUGGGGGACAGGCUGGUGAGAAUGAGAGCAGUACGGAGAAGGGCUCCUGGCACAGUGUUGAAACUAGAGGUCCAUAUGCCGUGAAUGAGGAACAAGGAGGUGAGGUCAAAUUUGACCGCAAUGAAAUGAAAUUUGAUGGCACAGAUUUAAAAUUUUAUGAUGAAGUGUUACCAGGGCAUAGGCUGAUAAGGAUUGAAGGUAGUAAGAAAGCAUGUGCUUACUGUGACAUUCAACGUUUGAAAACAAAAUCGGGGUGGCAGAUCAAAUCCUAUUUCAAGUGUCUUGCUUGUGAUAUACCACUAUGCAAAUCUGACAAGGAGUGCUUUCUUAGAUACCAUGAGCUGAGGUUGGAGCAACCAAACGUUCCACCCAAGGAGCUUCAUAAAAGAUUGAAAACAAAGAACAAGCCUCUUCUACUACAUAAUGUGACACCUUCACAGAUGAAGUCCUCCAACACAUCUUCACCCUCGCCGAAUAUAUCCAUUGAAGAGUCUGUCACAACAGCAGACAUCAUUAGGGCUCACCUAUCCCCCUCCGACUUUUCUGAGCAGAACCCUGCCCCUCCUCUCCUUACUCCCUACCUAUACAACACCUCCAAUGUCCCUCCCCUAGAUAUUGAUUCCCCGGAGCACAGCAACAGCGGGACACCUGAGAAACUGGACACACUACCACAGGUCAACAAAAAGGAAGAGAAGCAGACACCAAAAGCAGGCAUCACCCGGAAGUCAAGGAAAUCAGUGAAAACAAAGCCAAUGAAAAUUGUUUUCAAUGAGGAAGAAAAUGACGCGCUUGGUAGCGAUGAUUCCGAGUUCAGGAAGACUCAGAGGCCUGGACUGCUAAAGAAAGAAAAGAGUUCUCCAAUAUCCCUUCCAUUCACUGAACAGAAUAUUGUAGAAUCUCAUUUUACUAUUACACUGAACAACGAAAACUCUCCAGGAAUAACAGGCACAUCAGAAAACCAGCCAAAUUUAGAACCAGUCCCAAGUGAUAAUGUCAGCAAUGUUGAUACAAAGGAUAUGUGUAUGAAAGAUGAUGAGGGACAAAUACAUAGAUUAGUGAGCAACCCAGGACACAAAGCCCUCACGUGUGUCUAUUGUAAAAUGACAGGAAACAAAACAGCCUGUGGGUGGCACAUCAAAUGUUACUAUAGAUGUAAUGAUCUGUCUAAUUACAUGGAACUUGUGAUGAGGAACCAAAGCAGGAAGGGAGGCAACUCAAGACUUAAUCCCCGCCUACAGGAGGAUGAGGGAUUUACUCAGUAUCUGUUAAGUGGAACUCUGGAAAUCCCAGCUUCUGAUUGGACAGUUGAUCCCGCCCAUAGACUGGUGUCCACUGAUGAACGUAAAUUAAGACCUUGUUAUUAUUGCUCCUUAACUAAAGUGAAAACAAAAUCUGGUUGGUUUUUAUACUUUGCAUUGAUUACGGAAGUAGUCGAGCCUUUAGCUGUUCGGGGAUUUUUCUGCUCAGAUAAAUCUCUGAGCUUUCCAUACAAAGAGGGUUCGGUCAGCAAUAACGCUGUCUAUGCCACAGGCGGACUGCCUCUUGUGUUCGUUAUUGUAACAGCGUAUAAUGUGAUACCUCUUAAAAAGUUGUACCGGAUAUGGGUAUCGUAUGCAUUCGGAAUUUCCUCCAUUUAUUUCUUCAUGAACGUCGUGAAAUUAUUUUAUGGAGAACUGAGACCCAACUUCUUUGAAGCUUGUAAACCAGUGUGGCCGAAUAUGAAUUGCAGUAGUUAUGUAACAGAUUUCAACUGUACAGGAAGUAAUAGGAAGGCUGCUAUAGAAUCUAUGCGAAGCUUUCCGUCAAGUCAUGCCGGUAUCACCAUUUUUGGAAUGCUAUAUUUGAUAAUUUUUACACAAGAAGUUUUCAUGAAUAGAAGAAAACAGUAUCAUCUAGGAUGGGCCAUAUUCCAGUGGGCAGGGUUUUUAUGGGCAGUGUACGCGGGAAUGUCACGCAUCACUGACAAUAAACACCACAUCCAGGACGUGAUAGGAGGAUAUAUUAUAGGUGGUGCAACGUCCUAUUGGGUGGCUUAUUACUGGUCUGGACUUGGAGAAAUUGGAAAUCCAAGACCAGAGAAAGAUGGAAAAGCUCAAAAUCAUUUGAUUACACACUGCUCUUGUCAAAACGGUAUAACAGUAGGAAAACCGAAGGAAAGUUAACGUAGAAAGACGCUAGAUGUCGCCACUAGAUUCACUUCCUGUGAAUUUCAGCAAAUAUGUUUUAUUUUGAAGUCUCAUCAGCCCCUUUCCCGCACUUCCUAUGUAUGGAGUCAACAGAAUUGAUCAAGAGCACUAUACCGAAACUUAGUGUUUGUGAGUCAUCUAUGACUGCUUUAGCAUUUUUAAAAUGAUGAGUAACAUUCUAAGAACAAAAUAUUCUAUACCUUUAAUAGUUGCAUCCACACUUUUCAAAAAUUAUGUCCCUUGACCAACCAUCUUUGGGGAAAAACCACAGACAUUUGGAUUGCUUAAAUCUGACUUAAAAAAAAUUUUUUGUAUGUCGGAUUAAAGCGAUCUAAAGGCAUGUGGGAAAAACCCAUAGAAUAUUCACAGUAGCCUUUGUAUUUUCUGGUUUGUAACUUUUCAUUUGACCGGAAAAAAUGUAUGUAUCUUGUAUUAUUUUGAUUGCCCCAGGAUGAGGGUAUCCAUACAUCAAAAAAAAUUCAUUGUAUUUAUGGGAACAUGCCCAAAUGUUCGGUAGCACAGAGAGGAGAAAUGUCAUUUCUUUCCCUUUUGGUUGACCUGCAAAGGGACACAACUUUUGCAAAAGGUGGAUUAGACUAUUGCUCUGACUUUGUCUUCUUUCACCGAACAAAUGAACAACUAUUUGUGUACUUACAAUGGAAUGUUUAAAGAUUUUUUAGUUAAGUACCUAGGACAUAAUCAAGUAUCAUUCACUGAUUUUUUUUUUUGUUUUAGUAUUAUAUGGAUGCAGUUUUAAAGUUGAAAUAAGAUUUGUGCAUGUAUAAAAUGAAAGUUUUUAAUCAUUUUGUGUUUGUGAUUUCAUUUUUCCCAUUGUCAUUUUUGCUGUUAAGCUUAUGUCAGUGUCACUUGAUGCCUUUAAUAUUGAAAGCUGCUAUUUGUGAUAUUGAAAUCCAGAUUUUUGUGUAUAUUAGUAUAUGAGUGCCAUUAACUAUGAAGUCGUUACCGGUUCUAUAAUAAAUAUUGUUAUUUUAACUUAACCUUUAGAAUAAUUGUCUUAAAUGAAAACAAAAGAGGCUUCAUAUUUAACCCAGUUUUCUCUAAGUGUUUGAGAUUUAUGCCAAGUUUGUUUGUACAUGCAAGUUUGUAAUCUGAGUAAGAGAUCAACCUAAGAAGUAAAUUUUUUUACUGAUAUUUCUUAGGCUGAAAUGAUAUUGUUGAAAGUUUAUUUAGUAAUUUGCUUUAGAAGAUCCUUCAUAAAUGCAGUAAAACUUUUCAAUAUACGAAAAGGUAAUAUAGUUUAUAUUCUUGCUAACAGUCUCUUUUUCUUUAAUAUUUAACAGGUGAUAACCAACCCUCAUGUGUUAUAUAUUUCUUGUAUUUACAAAGAAUACUGGAGCCUACAAAAUACAGUCAAUUAUUAGCAACAUAAAACUAGUAUCUUAGAUUUGAUUUUUAUACUAAGCAUAUUUUUUUUCUAUUGUACUAGUGAUGAGUAACUGAGAGAUUAGGUUAUAUGUAGUAAUUUCUUAUGAAACCUCAGACAAUCACUGUUAAUCAGUAUCUUUAAUGAUCAAGAAUAAUUUCUUUUUAUGUAACAUUGUAAUUAUUAUGCAAUGUCAUUAUUGAUAUUUCAUAUUCUAUAUACAUUUACUAAUGAAUUCCAAUAAGAGUAUUCUUUUAGUAGUUCAGGAGCUUAGCUUAUCAAAGAAUUUGUGAAUGCUUUAGAGUAUUAUUUGGAAGUUCAUUUUCUUUUAUUUCAUUUUGUGCAAUAAACAAUGUAAAACAACAAUCAGGUGGGAUUUUUUUAGCAGUUGAUUAGCAAUAUUUGCUAACGUAAGAUUUGGGUUUUGAAUAACACAAAGAAAUUGGUUCCUUAAAAGUGAUUUUGUUUCAUACUGUUGGUACUUGCCGCUAGGUAUCUGAAAUUUGUUUGACAUAAAUCCAAAAUGAAAACGAAAUUGAACAAUCUGUUGAAAUAAUAGUGCAUCUGUUUCAAAAUAGCGAGUAUUAUUAUACCAGCCAUAUGUGCUUGUGUCAUGUUUCAGGAGUAUGUCUAUAUAAUUAUUCUCACAUUGAUGUAGUUUCUUUGAUACAGAAGUUAUUUUCUAAAUGACUAAUGGAUACAAAUAUAAUAUCUUUAAUUUGCCAAAGAAUAUGUUAAACUUAAUUUUUUUCCCUAUGUAUGUGUUGUAUGCUAGUUUUGUUUUCUGAAGUAUAGGAUACUGAUGCUUUGAAGGAAAAUUUUAAAGUUAACACUUUUAUUGAUUUCCAGUUUCAAUUAUUAUAUUUUUCUUUCCUUUGUUUGAUAUUAAAAGACAAUAUUGCCACAA